CCUCGGUAUAAAUAGCACAGGUCAGCACAGCUCGGGGAUAAAAUUAGCUGCAGCCUCAGCCCUGUCAGCACCACUGCUGGUUUGGGGCCAUCCUCAGGAGCAAAGGCAGCAUGGAAGACGCUGAAUCCACAAUCAGGGCCGCCACCAAGAUCACCAAGAAAACCUUCCUGGAGGCUCUGAAGGCCAAUGACUUUGGAAAGCUGAAGGCUCUUUUAGUCCAAAGGAAAAUUGAUGUGGACACAGUGUUUGAAGUGGAAGAUGAGAACAUGGUCUUGGCAUCUUACAAACAAGGGUACUGGCUUCCUAACUACAAGCUGAAGUCUUCUUGGGCCACGGGCCUACAUUUGGCUGUCCUGUUUGGUCACAUUGAGAGCCUCUUGGUGUUGCUGGACCAUCACGCUGCCAUCAACUGUCGACCCAAUGGAAAGACCCCCCUCCACGUGGCUUGUGAAGUGGCCAACGUCGAGUGUGUCAAGAUCCUCUGUGAUCAUGGGGCCAAGCUCAAUGCCUACUCCUUGAGUGGACACACACCCUUACACCUGUGUACCAAGGAAAGCUCCAUAGUUUGUGCCAAGCAACUGGUGUGGAGAGGUGCUAAUGUGAACAUGAAGACUAACAACGCGGACGAGGAGACGCCCCUGCACGCGGCGGUGCGCGGCGGUCUGCCCGAGCUGGCAGCCUUCUACGUGGAGCACGGCGCCCUGGUGGACAGCGUCAACGCACACCUGGAGACUCCGCUGGCGCUGGCUGCUUACUGGGCACUGCGAUUCAAGGAGCAGGUGUACAGCGCCCAGCACCACCUCGUCUGCCGCCUGCUGCUGGCGUCCAAGGCCCAGGUCAACGCCCGGGACGAGGACUUCAAGGCGCCGCUGCACAAGGCGGCCUGGAACUGCGACGAGGACGCCAUGCGGCUGCUGCUGGAGGCAGGCGCCGAGGCCAACCUGCUGGAUGUCAACGGCUGCGCCGCCAUCCAGUACGUGCUCAAGGUGACCCCGGUGCGCCCGACAGCCCGACCUGCCCGCUGCUACCAACUUCUGCUCAACCACGGGGCUGCGCGCAUCUACCCGCCCCAGUUCCACAAGGUGUUGGAGUCUUGCCACGCCUGCCCUCUAGCGGUGGAGGUGGUCGUGAAUGCCUACGAGCAUAUCGUGUGGACACCCAAGUGGAAGAAGGCGAUUCCAGAGGACAGCCUGGAGAGGCACUGGGACUUCUACCACUCUCUCUUCAGCAUCUGCAGCAACACCCCGAGGUCCCUCAUGCACCUGGCCAGGUGUGCCGUGAGGAGGAUCCUGCUCAGCAGAUGCCACCAGGUCAUCCCGCUCCUGCCCUUACCUUUGUCUUUGAAGAACUACCUGCUUCUUGAGCCUGAGGGGAUCAUCUAUUGAGCCUCCCUGGCCAGCUCCCGAGCCCAGGGUGCACAGGAGGCCGAGGAAGAUGGGCGAGGCCAGCAGGCCUCUGGAAGGAGGGCUGCACGCUUCUCCUCGGCCCGGAGCAGUGUGGAAGUGGCCAGGCAGCCGUUCUGGCUCCCAACGAGAGCUGCCCCAGAGUGAAAGGGGCUGCCUUGGGAGGUCCUGGAACAGGCUGAACAACCAAGAGCUGGCUGGGUACCUCCUAGGGAGGGUUGGACCAGGCUGCCCAGGGCCCUUCCAGGCUCUGGGAGUCUGUCUCUGCGCAGCAACGGUUUGAAUAAAUGUCUCGGUCCUCAUUCUGAGCGGAAUGAACACCACACUGCAGGGCUUUCAAAGCAGUUAAUACAAGAGGGUGUUAAUGGCCCCCCGGCCCUGGUGAGAUAAAGGAGCCAGGACACAGAGUUCCCUGAGGCGUGCAGACAUCAGAACCCUCUGCUAAGGUCCCUUAGGGGCAGGUUGGUGGCCUUGCCAAAUGGUUCACUCUUUGUCCUUGUUGAUAAUGAGAUUAUGCUGUAGUUGACCCAAAACUCCACAUGAGUCAGCAGGGUUGGGGGGGAACAGCCAAGAGGGCUUAAGCACAGAGGCAGGAAUAGAGAGGGGGGGCACUGGUCCAACUCUGGCCAGGCACCCCAGUGAUAAGAGGAAAACCCCAGAUGAGAGAGGGCCAUCAGGACAUUGAGAGGCCUUUAGGCCAGUAUUUGGCCUGGAGGGGAGAGGAUUCGGGGGAUGGAAAGAAGGAUGGUUUGGAUGGGAUACAAGAAGCAAACUUGGCAAGAAGGAGCUCUCCCAAAAGGGGAGGCGGGGGUUAGAGUUGAGGGAGGCCUUCACCAAACACCAGAGCCCUGAUUGACAGCAAUGUUUCAGGGGUACGGGUUCGAGUGUCUCCUCCAAUGAGAUAUUUCUGUGGUAACGGGUAUCCCACUGCACUCUGGUAUCACACACUCCUUGGGUUCAGUUUGUGCGGAGAAAAAAAAGGAUCCCUCCCCAAAGCCCCCUGCCAAGAGACCUGCUUGGGAGGGCAAAAGGCACAGGGCCCAGCAGGCAGAGUGAGGACCAGGAGGCCUGGCGCACCCCUUGGUGGGCUCUUUCGGGGUCCCGCGAGCUUGCAGGAAGAGGUUUGGGGCUUCCUCCUGAAGCAAGUCUGGGAAGAACUCGGGCCCCAGGCCAGGGAGGAGGGGGCUUCGGAGCCAGUGCGUUCUCACUCCGCCCGUGGGGAAUCUUUCCUCCUCUAGAACCGUCUGCCUCUCCUGGCUCUUUGGCCCUCCACCCUGGGCACACACCAGACACUGCCUUGCUUCACAUCUGCCUCUCCAGAUGCAUUGGCGCUGCAUUCAGCCUUGACCGCGGGCCUUUGUGGGAGCUCUGCCUGCCCCCUUGUGGCUGCCAGUCUGCCCGCUUGCUCUUCCUUGCUUCCUCCUUAGCAGAGGGUUCUGAUCUCCAUCUGCUCAGACAGACCCUGGUGAGCGCAGAAUGUUAGCGUUGGAAGAAGCCCAGCAGCCUCAGAAUUGAGGCCGUACUGGAAAAGGAAGCC